AUGGCAUCUGCAGUAUUUGUGUUGGAUCUAAAAGGAAAAGUCCUUAUUUCUCGUAAUUAUCGUGGCGACAUUCCAAUGUCGGCUGUAGAAAAAUUUAUGCCUCUGGUUUUGGAGGCUGAGGAAGAACAGCAAGCACCAACACCCUGCUUCACUCAUGAGGGCAUAAAUUAUUUGUACAUACAAUAUUUUAAAGAACUCGAAGAAGAAUCCAUUCGAGAUAAUUUUGUCAUUAUUUACGAAUUACUUGAUGAAAUGAUGGAUUUCGGAUAUCCUCAAACCACCGAAACUAAAAUAUUACAAGAAUAUAUAACUCAAGAAUCACAUAAAUUGGAAAUUCAAGUUAGACCACCAAUGGCAGUAACCAAUGCGGUUUCAUGGCGUUCAGAAGGCAUAAAAUAUCGAAAAAAUGAAGUUUUUUUGGAUGUCAUUGAAUCCGUAAAUUUAUUAGUUAAUGCAAAUGGGAAUGUACUACGUAGUGAGAUUCUCGGGAUAAUUAAGAUGAAAUGCUACUUAAGUGGUAUGCCCGAGUUAAGACUUGGACUAAAUGACAAGGUUAUGUUUGAAAGUACUGGUCGAUCUCCUUCUCGAGGGAAAGCCAUUGAAAUGGAAGAUGUGAAAUUCCAUCAGUGUGUUCGAUUAUCUCGAUUUGAGAAUGAUCGUACUAUUUCAUUUAUACCACCAGAUGCGAACAAUGUUGAAAUAUAUGUUCCUGUUCCUGAUGAUGCAGAUACACCAAAAUUCAGGAGUAGUAUUGGUUCUGUUCAUUACGCACCCGAAAAGUCUUGUCUUGUUUGGAAAAUCAAACAAUUCCAGGGUGGCAAAGAAUUUUUAAUGCGUGCACACUUCGGACUGCCUUCAGUAAAAAAUGGUACGUCUUUUAUUAAACAGUUGAAAAAUAAUCAUUAUUGUUAUCACGAUUUAAUUACAAAAAUAAAUGCAGUAGAUGACCCUGAUAAAAAACCACCAAUUGGCGUCAAGUUUGAAAUACCCUAUUUCACCACGUCUGGGAUUCAAGUUCGCUACUUGAAAAUUGUUGAAAAGAGUGGUUACCAAGCAUUACCUUGGGUGAGAUAUAUCACGCAAAAUGGAGGCAAGUUAUAUUCUUAUGUGUUUCCUAACCCUGACGUUCCAGAGGCUGAAAUGUCUUCUAAAGUAUCUCGCGUAACCCCUGUAACAACAAACAAUUAUAACCUCCCACAAUCACCUUCUCACGUCGAUUUUUUGGCUUCCACUCCGUCGA